GCUCGCACGAGCUGAUUGAGGGGUAAGAACAAGACAGACGCGUGCCUUAAACUUCAACACAAACUAUCUGCAGGACUCUGCAAGACCUCAAACACCCAGUUUCAUCUCCCAGCCCACAUAAGGUUACCAAUAAUGGAGACUGUCUACUCCGACAUGGACACCUCAAGCUGCGACUACUCCUUUACGCACACGGAUGAUGAGGACUCACGCAGCAGCCUCCACUCCGCGUCCCCCGCGUCCUCCUGCGGCAAGCCGUCUGCGUCUCCAGCCGAGCUCCAGCAGAAAAAGAGGCGCAGGGGGCGCGCCAGGAACGAAGCCACCGUGCAUGUCGUGAAGAAGAACCGCCGGGUGAAGGCCAACGACCGCGAGAGGAACAGAAUGCACAACCUCAACGACGCCUUGGAUGCUUUGAGAAGCGUGCUGCCUGCCUUUCCCGACGACACGAAGCUGACCAAAAUCGAGACUCUGCGCUUCGCUCACAACUACAUCUGGGCGCUUUCCGAGACCAUCCGGAUCGCAGACCAGCGGCAGAGCAAACCCAGAGACCCCGCGCUGCUGCUCCCAGGACUAAGCUGCAUGGGAGAUGCGCCCAGCCCCGGCGGUGACUCUUGCUCCUGGCCAUCCGGCACAUCCUCCUCGUCUUCAUCCCCGUCUUACUGCAAUUCAGACACGGGCAGCCCCGCAGCCAUGGACGAUUUUGGAUACCUGCAGACCGAUGUAGUUUACAGCUACCACAACUUCGUGCCUAGCAUCUAUUAA